AAACAGUAACAACUGUAAGAAAGUGCUCUCACUUCUCAUGUUUCUCUGCGGGGAGACGCUGCUGGGAGAAGGAACUAAGCUGCCGCUCGCCGAAUUCACUCCACAACAAUACACAGCUUUUUAAAGGGACAUUCCAGUUUCCAGUUCAACGUUCAAAGUUCACCCAGAAGGAGAAUUAGUAUGCGCCCAAAAACUGCAACGACUGCUUCUCCUGCCGCUGUUGCUUCUGCAACUGCAUAAGUGUCCAGGGACAUGAAACUCAAUCCACAUCAAGCUCCGUUGUAUGGCCAGUGUGUUAUCACGGUGCAGCUCGCCGACGAAGAGCUGGCUGCAGAUGAGGAGGGCGUGGACUACUUCCUUCUGUUCGCUGGCAGCACACAAAGACACCUGACCAGCACCUUAAGGAGCAGUCAUGACACCUUGCAGGCAGCGUGUCCCGCUCAUGACUGCUGUGAGGAGGUGCUGGUUACCCUAUGUUCUGUCAUCCAAGUUGCCCCCGAGGUAUCCGAGGACCCGUGUCUGGUGCGUGUGGCUCCGCUGUCCGAGCAUCGAUUUACCUUUGUCCAGGAUUUAGCCUUUGACGUGGCCCAGUUCCUGGUGAGCACAGCAGGUCGGACUGAUGCCCUCGAUGGAGCGCUGCUGUUAGACGAGUGUCAGAUUCCGCUGCAGGAGUGCGAACGUCUCGACGAGAACCUGUCGCUGGCCCUGCAACAUUUGGUACUGCCACCAGGAUGGAGCUUACUGGGAAACAAACUGAACAACAGCAUUGAUCUGCAUCCCCAGGAGACUCUGCUGCAUUUCUCAGCUCGUCGAGGUCUUUUUCGGGUUACACACUUCUUGCUGCAGCAGCCUGGAGCAAGAGAGGCCCUGGGAUUAGCCAACAGACAAGGCCAAACUCCGUCCACCAUUGCUGCUUUACGAGGACAUGAACGUCUCCGUGAACUCCUGACAAAGGCUGACACGGACACAGAGAAAGGCACUAAGGGUGUCCACCUGGUCUCUUCAGACGCCCGGGUAAUUUGCCAUCUACCCAGACUGAACACACAUUCUCUGACACUAAGAAUUCACCCUGGUCACGAACUUCCAACCCUUCAGAAGAGCGUGGAGCAGCUGCUGCACCUGAUAUGCCAUCUCCAUGCCAAGGGAGUUUCUGCACUGGAGCUGCAGUUUGAUUGUCUGCACACAUCAGCUGAAUGUUGUGAUGGUUUGGAGACAGAGAUAACCUGUGUGGGGGAUCUACAGCAACCUGCAACAGCAUUGAAGUGCUCGGCUACAUCAGCUGAAGGCAGCUGGGCUGCAGACUACCUGGUGGAAAGCGGCAGUGCUGAUUUAGGACACAGUGAGUCUGAAAAUACAGAGAAGAAAGACUGGAGGUUUUCUGUGAGUACUCCAACAUCAGAAGUAUGCCCUGAGGAGUGUGUCUUCGGCUCCCCAGAGGAACCGGUAUGUUUUAGUUCAAACACACAGAGAGAUAACCGCCAAACUCAAGAGGAGGGAAGAGAGCAGCCUGUUGUUUCCACCCAGAGUUUGAGUUUAUGUCACAGGAGUGAAGGAGCUCAGAGUGAGGCAGAAAGGACAAACCUCACCGUGGGAAUCCCACCACCUACAGACUGUGGUAAACAGGCAGUGGAAACUGAUAAAGGAGAGGCUGUGAUCCAGGAAGGACAGGAGGCCACAAAGGGAGAGGACAGAUUGGAGCCUGAAGAAGAGCAAAGGGGAGUCAAGGGGAGGGAGGUGGAGGAGGAGUCUCACUCAGAGUCAAUAACAAUCCCGAGGGACACGAAAGCUUCACUCAUGGGCCUGUCCUUGUCGUCAGAGAGUUUAGAGGUGUCUGACAACUCUGACUCUGUAAUGAAGGACUGCUCCCAGGAAGAGGACACUGUUCGGGAGGAGGAGGAGAUGAAACUUUGUGAGGAACUCUGUGAUCGACUAUCUUCAGAUGAGGAGCAGACAGAGAAUGAAGGGUUAAGUGAUCUUGUACCAUCCUCAAGGGACCACCCCAACCCAUCGCUGAUAGACUGCAGUGAUGUAAUAGAGCAGCCUGAAUCUGCUUUAUCACAACUCCUGAUAGAAGGCCUCCACAAGCGGGAACCUCCACCAGACAUGAGCAGCCUGGAACAAAACCAGGAAACAGCUGGUAGGGAUUACGCUACAGCGCAGCAGCAGCAGGGCUUGGCUCCAUUAAGAAAUUCUGGAAAUUGUAUUGGAACAGCAAACGUUGCAGAGCUAGAUGGUCAGCCUUCUGGCUACAGUAUAGAAAACCCUACUUUGUUUAUGGAUGAAUCUGACCACACAGCAGAUGAUUGGACCAUUGGUGACUCAAUUGAAGAUACUCGGAUUGAUGAAGUUGAUUAUGAGCAAUCAGCUGACAUUAUGGCCAGCUCUGGUAAGAGACAUGCUGAUGGCCUUUCCAGUGAUGAUGAGGGCAGUUUCCAAUCAUUUGGAAGCUCCUCAACAGAAAUAUUCCACACCACUAAGGAUGAUACGGCAAUGCAGGAGCAGGAUUUGAUUCAGUCUAAAAUUGCAGAACUGUCCUCAGCAGGAUCGAUGGUGGAGGAAUCAAGUGAUAUAAAGCCUGUUGAAAGUGAAGAGUGUAUGCCCACUGUGAAUGCAGGGCUCCUGUUGGAGCCUCCUUCUGACAUUGUAGUGACAUCAAUGGGACGCAGCCAGACUGGCUCUGAGCCUGAGUCACAGCUACCACCAUGUCCUCAUAUAGUAGAGGAUUUCAAUCCUGAGAGGACUGGAGAGAACCUUGUCCCAAAAGGUUUCAAUGAGGAUCCUUCAUUAGAUCCUGAGCUGUCAGAGAAUGAGGUUGGCUCUGACCUGAAUGCAGAUAUUGGGCAUUCAGCAUCAGAGGUCACAUGUGGGGUGACCUGUACUGUACCAUUUAAGGAUGAUUCUCAGUCAGUAGAGACCUGUGAUAAAGUUGUGGUGGCCUCAGGAGAAGAGAGUGGACCUGUGCAAUAUGUGCAACAACCACAGGAACACAAUCAUUUACAAAUGACAGCAGAUGAAAGGUCUCCUGCUGAGGGAUUAAGUCACCCAGGGAAUCAGAUCUGUGUCCCUUUAUCUACAAAUUUAACUCAGCUUUCAGUGCACAGUGCAGAAGUAGAACCACCAUCUCCAAACAAUGAAGAAUCCAGUGAACACUUUGAAAAUAAUGUGACUGAAAUACCACAGAAGCUUGACACAGUGGAUGGAUCCUGGGAAAAUAACAGCAGUGCAGUUCAAGUGGUAGAUGUCAUCAAGUCUGAAGAUGGUGUAAUUGCUGCAGGGGUUGAAGAAAAGCGCACAGCAGAGGAAACCAACUUCUCCACGAUCCACCGAGACAAAGAGGCAACGUUCCAUCAGCCCUACAGCACGCAGCACUCAGGAUCCUCACAGUCUUCAGCAUUUCCAAGUUUGACCAGUAGGACAGACAGUACCACCAGUUGUCCCUCCACAUCUCACAGAGAUUCUGGCAGUGAUAUAGAAAGCUUCCUUAACACAGAUCCAGGAUAUGACAGCGUCCUCCGAAAGAACGAUGAACAAGUAACAGGAGGAGACAGCACCAGCGAGGUUUCUGUCUCCUGCUCCUCCACAGACGACACUGCCAGUGUGGGUCCGUCCAGCUCCAGUCCUGAGGGCAGCCAGGGACUGGUCUGCAGCUGGAGCCCAGAGGAGGUCAUCCAGGCUGGGGCUACUACCUCUGUAGGACUGGAUGGAGGAGUAGGAGGAGCAGGAGAAGCUGAAGAAGAAGCCAAAGAUAGAGUGUCUGAGGUGCCGCGGCGCUCUUGUCUCUUCCGGAACAGCAACCGCUCCCUGUCACCUCUUCGCCGCCACAGCUGGGGCCCUGGUAAGAACAACGGUGGAGACACAGAGAUGAACCAGAGGAGUUCCAUCUCUAACCUGGGUGAAGGGAAGCUGACCUUUCACAGAAGAAGCUACAGUCUGGAGGGGCUCAGUGGAGGGCAAGAAGAACUGAGGGGCCCCACCACACGAGGGCCUCGAAUCCUGGAGCCCCCAAGGAUGCCGCGACAUGACAGUGAUGACAGGGGCUCGCUGGUGUCUUUGACUGAGGAGCAGGAGGAGUUGGGGGAGCAUGCAGGACUACAUGAUCUGAAAUCGAGGCGGUAUCGACCUCUGCGAAACAGCUGCUCUUCCAUGACCCUGCCCCUGACCAAGUCUGUGUCCAUGCUCACCAUCAGCCAGAGAGAUAUCGAUACGGUGGGACACCUGAGACGCAAGAGGCGAAUUUCAAUCUCUUUCAGCCUUUCCCCAAUCCUCACCAAAUCUAAGUCUCAGUUCACUUAUGGGGAGUCUUCAUCUAGCAAUGAUGAAGAUAACAUCAGCAUGAGGUCUUUUUCCAGCAACUCUGGGUCACUAGCAUACAGUAUAUCGGAGGAGGAGCCUGGGCCUCUGCGGACUAACACCGAGGAGAAGAGUGCGACGAAAGUCAGCCGAACGUUCAGCUACCUCAAGAACAAGAUGUACAAAAAGACCAGGGAAAAGGACAGAGACAAAAGGGAGAAAGACAAAGAGGGCAAGGACAAGGACAAGAAGACGGCGAACGGUCAUGUGUUCACACCGGUUAGCCCUGGCCACACAGCCCAAUGUUACCAGUGCAAUAAGGCAUUCACCAGCAAAGAGGCUUUCCACUGCACAAACUGUAACGUGUCCGUCCACAAGGGCUGCAGAGACAGUCUGCCUGUUUGUGCCAAGGUGAAGAUGAAGUUGCCCAAGCAGCAGUUUGUGGUCCCAGAUUCAAGCUCUUUUCCUACAGUCACGAUGAGAAACAAAUCUGGUGGGACGAGGGAGCGUCCCUGGUCAGCAAUCUUGUCCCCUGAAGAUCACUCUUCUCUGACGAUCCCAUCGUCACGGAGACCUACGAGCAUAAUGACUUUCCACGGCAACAACCUGUCCAAGAGCCUGUCCAUAAGCAACAUUGCUGGUCCCGUGUUUGAUGAGAUACCCAUAAAAGGCUUUCGGUAUCUCUCCCAGUCCACUGACUCCCUCAACAGAACCAAUCAGGUCACAGAGUCCAUGGAAUCUCUCACCGAUGAAGGGACGGAGAUGAUGGACGGGCAGCUGAUGGGAGAGUUUGAAGCGGAGGCCAAGGAGCUUGAAGCUGAUUCCUGGAGUUUGUGUAUGGAGCAGCAGUACUUGCAGCAGCUGGAUAGAGAGCUGGUGAAGAGACAAGACGUUAUUUAUGAGCUGAUGCAGACGGAGAUACACCACAUCCGCACGUUGCGCAUUAUGUCAGAAGUUUACAGUAAAGGCCUUCAGAAGGAGGUGCAGCUCGAGCUCCAGACAGUGGAGAAGCUGUUCCCCGCUCUGGACGAGCUCUUGGAGUUCCACACGCAGCACCUCAUGCGCCUCCUGGAGAGAAAAAGAGAGUGCCAGCUGGAGGGGGGAAGCCUGGAGGGAGCAUUUAUCAUCAACAGAAUAGGAGACAUCCUUGUCAACCAGUUCUCAGGAUCUAGUGGUGAAAGUAUGAGGAGGAUUUACGGACGAUUCUGCAGCCGCCACAAUGAAGCUGUCAACUUUUAUAAGGACCUGCUGACCAAAGACAAACGCUUCAAAGCCUUUAUCAAAAAAAAGAUGAGCAGCAGCAUUGUGCGGAGACUUGGUAUCCCAGAAUGCAUCUUGUUGGUGACCCAGAGGAUAACAAAGUACCCGGUGUUGAUUCAGAGAAUGCUACAGCACACGAAUGAGAGCGAGGAAGACUUUGACGACCUCAAUGAGGCCGUUAAGCUGGUGAAGGAGGUGAUCGCAGCAGUUGAUAGCAAGGUGAACGAGCACGAGAAAAGACGCCGCCUGAAGGACUUCCACAGCCGCAUGGACAGCAAGUCUAUCAUGAUGACGAAGAACGGCCAGAUCUUUGCAAGGGAGGAUCUGCUGAGGAGGAGGCUGAUCCAUGACGGAGCGCUGCAGCUGAAGAACAGCCAGGGAAGAUUAAAGGAUGUCCAUGCUCUGCUCCUGUCAGAUGUCUUUGUCUUCCUCCAAGAGAAAGACCAAAAAUAUGUAUUCGCCAUGCUGGAUCACCGCUCCACGGUCAUUUCCCUCCAGAAGUUGAUCAUCAGGGAAGUCGCUAACGCAGAGCGAGGCCUGUUCCUCAUCACAGCCGGUAUUGAGAAGCCAGAGAUGAUCGAGGUCCUCGCCAGCUCAAAGGAGGAACGCAACACCUGGAUGCACUUCAUUCAGGAAGCUAUGCAGUCAAUGGAAAAGGAUGAGGAUGAAGGGAUUCCCAGUGAGACGGAAGAUGACAAGAGACAACUGGAGACUAAAGCCAAGGAGAUGAGAGAUCUGCUGAGGCAGAAGGAUACAGAGAUCUUGUCUCUGUUGGAAGAGAAGGUGCAGCUCUUUAGGGGAAUGUGGGAGGGUUUGAAUCCGACCGUUGAGGCCUGCCAGCCAGUAGAGCCUUUCUUCAGAUCAGCCAGUAGCCUGGAGCCAGCCAGGGGGGCAUCCAUCAUGAAGGAUGCCCUGCAGGAAGUGGAGAAAUUGCAGGCACUGGUGAAUGGCAGCCUGGGUGGGGCGAUGGCCAGUGUCCAGGAGGGAGGAGGAGGAGGAGGAGGAGCAGGAGGAGGAGGUGUGGGGCCAGUGUGUUUGCCUCGCCGGGCCGAGACGUUCGGAGGCUUUGACAGCCACCAGAUGCACAGUAGUAAGUGUGGAGACAGAGACGAGGGUGAGGAUGCAGCAGGAGAUCUGCGCAGGACGGAGUCUGACAGUGUUUUAAAAAAGGGAGGAAACGCCAACCUACUGCUACUGUUGAAGAGGAACAGUGAGCAGGUUCUUCACAGUGUCUCCAAUCUGCACCUCCUUCUCAGCACUCUGCAGGCAGUGGUGGUCCAACAGGACAGUUUCAUAGAGGAGCAGCGACAGGCCCUGAGCGAGCGCACGGCCUCCUGCGCGUCAUUGUCUCGGCCGUCCUCGCGGCCCAGCUCCCUGAUUGAGCAGGAGAAGCAGCGCAGCCUUGAGAAGCAACGGCAGGAGCUUGCCACGCUUCAGAGGCAGCAGGCAGCUCAUGCUGAGGAGAAGAAGAGAAGAGAAAAGGAGUGGGAGCUCAGGGAACAUCAGAUGACUGACAAAGAGGUGCUGCUGCACAUACAGCAGGAGGAGGAGGUCGUAAAGCAGCACAAGAAGCUGGAAGAGGACAAGCAGGAGCUGCAGAGUAGGAAGGAGGAGUACCAAAAAGACCUGGAGAGGCUUCGUGACGCACAGAGGAAACUUGAGAGGGACAGGGAGGCCGUGCAGCAGCAGCUCGACAAGAUGGAGCAGCUUCGUCUGGCUGAGAGGACUCCCUCGACGACGUCUGAUGAAUCCCAUUUCCCCGGCUUCUCCCAGUCUCUGGAGGCCGACCUGCUGGAGCUCUCCCCCUCGUCCUCCUCCUCCCUGCCCAGGAUGCAGCCCCAGCAGUCCAAGCCCAAAGGAAAAAGCCUCAAUCCCUUUUCCUUAUCCUCCACCAACACCAACCUCAAGGGCGGUGAAGCCAAUAACCAGAUCUCUAAGGGUCUGCUGCAUCUGGCCAAGAGCAAGAGCAAAGAGGGGAAGGAGAAGAAGAAGAAGAAGGGCAAAGCGGGGAGUAAAGAGACAGCAGAUCUUCAGCACCACCUAGAGCCUCCUCUGGAUGGAGAGAUCUUCUUCUGUUGAUCAUCAUCAUCAUCAGCGCCGCCACGCCGUUCUUGACUUACAGAGCAAGGUGUUGCUACAGUUCACCAUCAGGCUUUUUGGGCACCUUUUGAAAAAGCGACAGUUAAAUAAAAGUGGUAUUUAAAUAAAAUACCACUCAUUUUUGGGUUAUGGCGUACUUCAAAUGCAGACCCUGGAUUAGCCGUGCACAUUUAAAUAUUAUCUUUACAAAAAUCCAGUUUCCUUUUUCCAAAUUUUCAUUUUGAUUUCUUCAUUUUGAAGAAAAUCCACUGUAUUUUAUAGGCUGCCUUCCUGUGUUAAUGGUCUCUUAUGUCCUCAACCAGCCCAUUUCGUUCAGUCCUGGUAUUAUUUCCAACAUGAACGUGCUGUUGACACGUCUUCACGUAUCCAAAUGCCACUUUGAAUUAGAUAAAUGCCAGUGUUUCACUGGAAAAGUCUCGCUCCUAAUCAUAGGUUUCAUUGAUAACCGUUUAGUGAAACCACAGAGGUUUGUGUCCCACAUUUCUAAAUCAAUGUUUUCAGUGUGUUUUGUUUUUGCUUUUUCUCCUCCAGUAUUUCCGUCAUAAAUGCCUCGGUAUAAAUCCACGUCGAAAGAAAACUGGAGCUUGAUAUUUCAUUACUCAUGACUCGAGGAAGCGGACGUGAUUACAGGCUCUGCGUCUGUCCCCAGCUUACGAGGCGAACGCUAACUUCAAUAAUGCUCGACAAUGAUUUAAUACCAUCAAUCUUGUUCCUUUGGUGAGGUUUCAUUUCAUUUGAAUAUUGCUCAUCUCCGCGCUGCAGCGAGAAUGCUUCAGUUUGUGCGUAUGUGUAUUUUCCCAGACUCAAUAGUAAUGAGGGGUUUAAGCCAUAUCUCAUGGUGUCUAAUGGCUCAAUUCAUAUCCUUUAGUGUGUUUUAGAGCCGUGGAUGGAUAUUAGCUUGAUCCUCCCUUUAUCUGCCUGUCAGUGAGCUUUUAUGCUGCCCUCUUCUUUCAUCUGAACAUUGACAAGCAUGUGUGUUUCUUAAUUGCACGUGACUGUAGGAAGCACACUGAUGGCCUCCGUUACAUAGUCCAAGUUUAUCUUUCAUCCUCCCCCUUUUUUUUAACCUCUCAUAAUCGACGCACAAGGCUAAAAGUUAGGGGAGGAAAUGAGAGAGGACGUUAAAUUAAAAUUGUGCGAUCAGUUCUGACUCAGCGACACACAUCGCCGUCGUCAAGCACUUUGGUAUUAUUUGGUAUUGGUAAUGUGUUGAUUUUCCAUUAAAUAUAUAGAUAUUCUUUGGAAGUUGGUAACACACACGGACGCACAUGAAAAGCAACAAUGAUCCAAAGCGAGUUCAUUUGUUAAGUGCAUAAUGGAAGCUCCGUUUCUUUCUUUUUUUGUUAGUGUCAAAUUAAAAAAAAGGGGCUUAUAGGUUUUAUGUUCUGCAAAGUUUCCAAGGUGACGUGUCCUUAUGUUUUAAAGCUACGUUUUAGCCCCGACAAAGCCCAUAGUGGGCCAAACAACUGCCUGCUGGACAGGUAGAUGUAUACAGAAAACAAAUCAAUCGGUCCUUUCCAGUGAGUAACACGGCAGCGUCACUGAUCUCUGCUGCCUCUUUUGUCUAAUGUUAAAGUGCUCGAUCGUUAACUUUAUGUCUGCGUUGAGGAUUUGACUUCAUGUCAUGGCUGGUUUAUUACAGUGUGUCUUCUAAGGGGCUUACAGGGCCAGCCAAUUAGUUGCUUCAUGUCUUUUGUUUAUGGCUUCGGUGUAAUCCUGUCAAAGAAACGUGAGACAAAUGGGCUUCUUUCUUUCUCUGUUGUGUUACUUGUCGUUUGACCACUUGGGAGUACUGCACCUACGACUAAAUGAGAUUCACCCCUUACACGACAACAACAAAUAUCAUUAUUUGUUAUUAGUGUGUUCUCCCCGCUAUGCAAAAUUGACACAUUUUUUUCUCUCUGCGUGUGUUUGCCGUACAGAGACAACGCGAUGAGCAAUGGGCUCUCUGAUAUUUUCCCCUCAGCAUUCAUAAUUGACUGCAGAAACAAAUAAGUUGUCAGAGAUUGUAAUUGGUUAUUCAGUGAAACCAGUCUGCAGCAGCUUUAAUAUGGGAGGGGGGCGGGGGAGAGGGGCGGGAGAGAAGGUUGGAGCAACCGGGCAGAACCACAAACCUCUCUGUACGGGACAAUCAGCAGACGCGAGUCAGGAAAAUGAACUCUUUACCCGAUGAUGAUGGGCCUGUCCAUAAGAUGAGUGUGUCCAUCAGGUGAAGCCCUGCGUAGCCUUAAAUCUUAACAAUAAAAUGCACUAGAGUAGAACCUGGAAUCUUUUCAGGAGGGAGAGAGAGAGAGACGGAGAGAGGAGAGCUUUUAUACCUCGGCUUUGAAAACGAAGGAGACGUUUGUACUAUAAAAGUGGUACACAAUUGUUUUACUCUCAACAUUGUAAAAAAGAAAAAAAAAAGAACGAAAAAAAAGGGCAAAUGUGUAAAUAUGGUUUCUGUAUAAAACAAAUCAAAUGUAAAAGACUUGUUCCGUUUGUGAUUUCAUGCAACAUUUUUGUAAGGAUAUUUUAUUUAUGUUUUAUUCUCACCUGUGCGGUGAAAAACAAUGUAAUGUCAUAUUUCUCUCAAAAUGAUAAUAAGAAUAAUGAUAAUAAAAAAACAAAACAA